AUGGCAUCUUCAAUUUCCACUCCCCAACCUCCAAAAGUCGUCUUGGUAACUGGCUCCUCAGGCCAUCUCGGCACAGCUCUCAUGCUCACCCUCCCCUCCCUCGGCUACACCCCCAUCGGCAUCGACAUCCUCCCCUCACCAACAACAACCCAUACCGGCUCCAUCACUUCCCCCUCCUUCCUCACCUCCAUCUUCCAAAAAUACAACAACUCCCAAUCCCAAAUCCACUCCAUCCUCCACACCGCCACCCUACACAAACCCCACGUAGGCUCCCACACCAAACCCGACUUCAUCUCCACCAACAUAACCGGCACCACCCUCCUCCUCGAGCACGCCGUCGCAGCAAACUGCACCUCCUUCAUCUUCACCAGCAGCACCACCACAUUCGGUCGGGCCCUCUCCCCAGCCCCAGGAAAACCAGCUGCGUGGAUAACCGAGUCGGUAACUCCACAGCCUAAGAACAUCUAUGGCGUGACCAAAGUCGCUGCUGAAGAGAUCUGCGAGCUUAUUCAGGCUCAGACAAAACUCCCUGUCGUCAUCCUUCGCACUUCGCGCUUCUUCCCUGAACAGGAUGAUGUGGAGGAGAGACGAAUGGGGUGGAGCGAUGAGAAUCUUAAGGUUAAUGAGCUUUGUUAUCGGAGGGUUGAUCUGGAGGAUGUAGUUUCUGCGCAUGUGUGCGCUAUGGAAAAAGCUGCGGCUGGGGAUGUCACUUGGGGGAAAUAUAUCAUCAGUGCACCGAGUCCGUUUUCUUCUGACCCCGAGACUCUCAAACUUUUAGAUUCCAAUGCUGCGGAAGCGAUGAGGGGUGUGGUGCAAGGAUAUGAGAGCGUGUAUGAGAAGUUGGGGUGGAGGUUUUUGGAUAGAGUGGAUAGGGUGUAUGAUUCUAGUUUGGCAGUGAAGGAGUUGGGGUGGAGACCGGUGUGGACUUUUGAGAAGGCUGUGGAGUGUGUAGGCAAAGGAGAAGAGUGGAGGAGUGAGGUUACGAGGAGGGUUGGGAAGAGGGGGUAUCAUGCUGUGCCGACCGGGGUGUAUACUACUGCCGUUAGUGGUGGUGGUGGUGAUGUUGUGAGUGGAACAAGCUGA